AUGGAGCUCCUUGAUCGCAAGCAAGAUGCUACUAGGGUUACCAGCGACCGCUCCACGCAACCAAGGCUACGAACGCGGCGUGCCCCAAAUCUCCCUCUAAAUGAGCAUUAUAACGAGCCAGUGCGCAACUAUGUGUGGCGCAGCAAGCGACGGACCUGGACGCGCGCGCAGCUGGACCGCGAGCGUGCCGAGUUCUUCGAGACGCGCGUUACCGGCAGGCCGGAGAUCUGGGCCGCUAUUUCGACGGUGAUAUCGCUGAUUCGCAGCGGCGACUUGGCUACUGCGCAGAGUAUUCUUGAUGCUGCAGGCGUUACUGUUCCCACCGGGAAUAUUUGUGAGGGCUGUUACGAUGAACAGGGUGUGCUCUACAGGGUUCCGCAAUGUGUUGCGAGUGAUCCGGAGAAUAUGAUUCCUUCGUCUUCGCGGACGGCUAGUGAAGAUGGUGGUCCUGCCGGAUAUGAGGAGGAGCAGGAUACUGGGGCCCUCUCAGAUGGUAAGCUCGCUACGGAUGAUGCUUCCGGGGACGAGUUGAUUUCGCAGGAUGUUGAACGCCGCCGCGAGGAGAAAGGCAAGACGAGUGAGCGGGAUUUGAUCCGUGUGCGUGCUCGUUUGAGUGAUCGUGGAGGUCCGGAUAUCCUGCUUUCUAUUGAUAAGGGUCAGACUGUGGGAUUUCUGGCAAGGAAAGUGCAUCAGGAAGCCAAGCUCAAGGAUGAUAGGCGCGUUCGAAUCGCUUACCUAGGUCACUUGCUCCAUGAGCGUGAACCACUCGUUGAUCAGGGGUGGAAGACUGGGCAUGUUGUCAAUGCUUUAGUUGUUUCCCCCGUCCAUGAUCUAGGCCUUGGACACUGA